GACCUGGAUGACGACCGAGCUCGGAACAUUGCAGUGCUGUUGAGCGACUGCGAGCGGCUCAUUGUCGGCUACUUCCCUGCGAUCAGUGGUUCAGCGCUGCAUUUAUAUCAUUCGAUCCCGCUACUCAUUCCGAGGAAGACGGCACUUGCGCAGAUCUACGCAGGCGAGUGUCGCGCGGAGAACUCUGUUAAGGUUUUCGGGGGCGUGACGGACUCUUGGAACGCUUGCCUGGGCACUGUCACUGCACAUGAGGGUCGGGAAGUCUGCGCUGUCGACUUUUCGCCCGACGGCAGGGCGAUCGUCUCUUCAGGAUACGACAAGAAGAUUCGGCUUUGGGACGCCCUCACCUGCACCCUGCUUCUCGUCCUCUCCGGUCAUUCCGACUGGGUUCGCUCUGUCAAGUAUUCCCUGGAUGGCGCUCGCGUUGUCUCCGCUGCUCAUGACCGCACAGUCAAGAUUUGGGACGCCAUAUCCGGCGUGCUUCUCUGCACCCUGGAAGGGCAUACGAAUCUGGUCUUCUGCGCAGUCUUUACACCUGACGGCAGGCGCAUCGUGUCUAGCUCCUGGGACCAUUCCAUCAAGAUCUGGGAUGCCGAUACAGGAGCCUGUUUGAUGACCUUGACCGAGCAUCAAGCCUGGGUCAGAUCCAUUGCUGUGUCUCCGAAUGGCAUGUGGAUGGCGUCAGGCUCAGAUGACAUGGUCUGUCUGUGGAGCCUGGAGGCGCCGUACACUUGUCGAAUCUUAUUGGAGCGGGAACACGAGGACUUAAUCCAUUCUGUCACAUUCACACCAGAUAGUUCCACAGUUCUGACUGCCCCAUGGGUCGCAGGCUCGGGACAGCUGUCUAUCUGGGAUGCCAAGACCGCUGAGCACCUCCGUAACCUUCAGUUACCAGGCCAACCUUUCUUAUCCACCUGCAGUCCCAACUUUCCCUCAGCCGGAGACAAGUUCGCGUGUGGAUCAGGGAACUCUGUUCUCGUCUUGGACCUUGCAAGUGGCGAGGUUCGACAAGCGUUCUCCGGGCACACCAAGGACGUCACCUGUGUCGCCUAUAGCCAAGACGGGACUCGCAUCGCGUCUGGCUCAAAGGAUGGCGCUGUCCGACUGUGGGACGCGACGCAGAAUGCAGUGAACACACCGCAACUCGAGAAUGCCAUCAAGUCAUCCGAUCCGCCCAGCGAGGAGUCGGCGGACUGCCGAUUGACCGUCUUCUCUCAUGACAGAAGUCGUGCGCUGCUGGUACGCGGCAACGAUUCCAUCGAGAUGUACAAGACGGACACGUGGGAGUGUGCAUACAAGCCUCUAUCCAUACCAUCAAAACACAGGCACCACGUAGCGUUCUCACCAGACGACGCGACAAUCCUUGCAGCAUCAGAGGGAGAUCGUGGCGGGGUGGCACUCUGGGAUGCGGCUUCUGGAGCACUGCGCGCCCAGUGGGAAGGCGAGCUGGACGUGGCGUUGUGGUCCCCCUCUUUCCAGUUCGCGUCCAUGUGGAGCGGCGUGUUGGGUUACAUGCCGCACUGCUUCGGCGGCCAGUCGUCGAGGAUCAUGUUCUCGCCGGACAGCCG